AAUUGUCCCUCGCCUGGAACCGUAGUAAACAGUGAUGGCUUCCUCCGAGACGCAGCCUCGCUUCGGUCAAUCUGUUAAAGGUUUAUUGUCUGAUAAAGUCACUUCUUGCAGUGGAGAUGUGAUCGCCCUAACCCGUCAAGUGUUGAAAGGAUCCAGGAGCCAAGAACUACUCAGUCAGGCAGCGAGAAAUAUGGUAAUUCAAGAAGAUGCAAUUCUGCAUUCUGAAGAUAGUCUACGGAAGAUGUCUAUUAUAACAACCCACUUGCAGUAUCAGCAAGAGGCCAUUCAAAAGAAUGUAGAACACUCCAAAAACCUGCAGGACCAGCUCAAACACUUGAUGAAAUUACAGAGCCCUUCUAAUAACAUGCUGUGGAUAUCGCAUUCUCUAGUUUUCUAGUGAUUUUAACAGUAGAUUACAUUGCUUUUUGAGAUGACUCAUUGCAUAGCAGAUUGCUAGUUAAAAAAAAAGAGGCAGAGACCAACAUCCUCCUAUUCUCUAACACCUGAUUUUGGAUGGUUGUGAAAAACAUGCAUAAGACCUUCAAGUGAAGGCUUUACUGUGGGAGAUUGUUUCCAGUAUUCAUAUUUGUCUUUUUGAAAUGAUAGUGCAAUGUCAAAACAAUAUACUGUUUUUGUCUCAUCUUUUAGUGUAAGAACAUUUGCUUUUAGACUUUUAGAUCCUGCAUAGUCAAAAUUUCCCAAUUCACUGUACACCAAAUGUACAAAUUGUAUUUUCUUGUUAAUUUAUUUAUGUUUUUUUUUUUUUAUGAUGUUGCUGUGCCAAAUUAACUUGAAUAUUUUUUUAGGUUUAGGCUUGGAACAACUUUAAUAAAUGUAUGUGGAAAAGCAA